UGAAAAUGACAAAUAACUCGGUGGAUAGUCCUAGUUCAGCUCAAAGCCUCCAUUGCCGGCCGCAUCUUCUGGUUGUGCUCUGCUCUUGCUCCACCCCCUUACUUCCAGCUAUGGUUGGUACGGAGAUGCUCGCGGCCGCGGCUGUGAGCCAGGUCGCCCGCAAGAUCGGCGAAAUCAUCGGCGCCGCGCAGGGCGAGGUCACGCUGUGCUGCAGUUUCAGCGACGACCUGGAGAGCAUAAAGGACACUCUGGUGUACCUAGAAGACCUGCUGAAAAAUGCGGAGAGGAACUCCUUCGGAAGCGAGAGGGCGAAUCUGCGGCACUGGCUCGCCCAGAUCAAGUCCCUGGCCUUCGACAUCGAAGACAUGGUUGACGACUACUACUCUUCCAAGGAGCAGUUUGAAGGGAGCAGCAGCUAUGCUCAGAAGGGAUCAUUGUUCUGCUCACUUUCCAAUCCCGUGAUUUCGAAAGUUAGCAUGGUUCAUAAGAUGAAAUCCAAGAGAGAGUUGUUGCAGACAAGGCAACACUUGCCAAAUCAAUAUCAUUUCAUUUCACAUAUUAACUCAGUGGUGGAUUUUGAUGAGAAGCAGACAACAUCAUACAGAAAUAGUGACAUUAUUCUUUUUGGGAGAGAUAGAGACUUAGAAAAUCUCAUGGACAUUAUAAUGCAGAAAAGUGUCGGUGAGAUUUCCAUUAUUUCUAUAGUAGGGCCCAUGGGUCUUGGGAAAACAAGCCUUGCACAGCUAGUUUUCAAUGAUGCCAGAACAAAGGCAUUCAGCUUCAGGAUAUGGGUUCAUGUUUCCAUGGGUAAUGUCAGCCUUGAAAAAAUCGGGAGGGAUAUAGUUUCACAAACUACCGAAAGGAUUGAGGGAAAUAUGCAAUUACAAUCAAUUAAGAAUGCCGUUCAAACCAUACUUAAUAAGUAUAGCUGCUUAAUAGUAUUAGACAACUUGUGGGGUAAAGAUGAAGAAGUGAAUGAGCUGAAGCAGAUGUUGCUCACAGGUAUACAGACAGAAAGCAAGAUUGUAGUGACCACCCAUAGCUAUAAAGUUGCUGAGUUGGUGUCUACUGUUCCACCUUACAAGUUGUCUGCAUUAUCUGAAGAUGAUUGUUUGAGUAUAUUCUCACAAAGGGCAAUGACUGGGCGUGGUGACCCACUGUUCAGGGAAUACGGAGAAGAAAUUGUUAGAAGGUGUGGCGGCACACCUUUGGUUGCUAACUUUCUUGGAUCUGUGGUGAAUGCUCAACGACAGAGGCGUGAGAUCUGGAAAGCUGCCAAGGAUAAAGAUAUGUGGAAGAUAGAGGAAGAUUAUCCCGAAGACAAAAUUUCACCACUAUUUCCAUCAUUCAAGAUAAUAUAUUACAAUAUGCCUCACGAACUAAGAUUAUGCUUUGUAUACUGUUCAAUCUUCCCUAAAGGAUCUGUCAUGGACAAGAAAAAACUUAUUCAGCAAUGGAUUGCACUUGACAUGAUUGAGUCCAGACAUGGAACCUUACCUCUUGAUGUAACUGCUGAGAAGUAUAUUGACGAACUUAAAGCAAUAUAUUUCCUUCAAGUUAUAGGAAGGCAUCAAACUGCUGGAGAAAUAUUCAAUGCAUCAGAGGAAAUGCUCUGCAUGCAUGAUUUGGCACAUGAUCUUGCUAGGUCAGUUGCUGGUGAAGAUAUCCUUGUGAUUUUGGACACGGAGAAUGAUCGCCAUAAUAGAUUUUGUGAUUAUCGUUACGCACAGGUGUCAGCUUCAAGCUUACAGUCAAUAGAUAGCAAGGCUUGGCCUUCCAAGGCAAGGUCACUCAUUUUCAAGACUAGUGGUACAGAAUUGGAAGAUGUCAGCAAAGUUUUUUCAGUUAACAAGUAUCUGCGUGUUCUGGAUCUCAGUGAAUGUUCUGUCAAUGAGAUACCUGCUCCUGUUUUUCAGCUUAAACAGCUGAGGUAUCUUGAUGCUUCCACUUUGUCCAUUACAACACUCCCUCCUCAAAUUAGUAGCUUUAAUAAGCUACAAGCAUUGGAUCUUUCAGAAACUGAACUCAUGGAAUUGCCAUCCUUCCUCAGCAACUUAAAGGGCCUGAAUUAUUUGAAUCUCCAAGGUUGCCAGAAACUUCAGGAAUUGAAAAGCCUUGAUUUGCUGCAUGACUUACAUUACCUAAACCUCUCAUGCUGUCCUGAAGUUAGAAGCUUCCCUGAAUCUAUUGAAAACCUCACCAAACUUCGUUUCUUGAACCUGUCACGGUGUUCUAAGCUUCCGACAUUACCUAAUAGACUACUGCAAUCAUUUGCUAGCCUUUGUUCUCUUGUAGAUCUGAACUUAAGUGGUUUCGAGUUCCAAAUGCUGCCUGAGUUUUUUGGCAACAUUUGUUCACUUCAAUAUCUGAAUCUAUCAGAAUGUUCUAAACUUGAGGAGCUCCCCCAAUCAUUUGGUCAGCUUGCAUAUUUGAAAGCCCUAAAUCUUUCAUCUUGUCCUGAUCUUAAAAUUCUUGGUUCCUUUGAAUGCCUUACUUCUCUUCAGUUUCUGAAUCUCUCAAACUGCACUAGUCUUGAAUAUCUGCCACUGUGCCUUAAAAAGCUCCAAAAUCUCGACGUUUCUGGGUGCCAGGAUGGUAAUCCUGUUCUAGCAGCUCUGGGAGUUCGCCAUCUCACCAACUUUCAUAGCAAGCUGAGCAGCUCAGAUUAAGUAUUGAUAUCUCAGAGAUCAUUCUGGAGGAGCCUGCGAUUGGAGAUCUGAAAGGAAAGAAGAUAUUGGCAUCUGCUUCGCACUUGGAUGUAGUGCCUGAAGUUAUUACUAAGUUGUACUCAAACUGGAAUUGAUUUCUUCAUUGAAGUAAUCUCAUUGGGUACCUCAACAUGCAUCGCAGUCACUUUCCACUAGUUCACUACAUAGGUCACAGAGAAUACCUAGAGCCAAAUGAAGCUGGAGAUACACCACUUAUUCCAGGGUGCCGGUUCCCAUUGUCUUCAUCUCAUUCUUCUUUCUUUGCAUCAAGCUCAAGGGCACCGUUGGCAUAUUUCUCAUCUUCAGAUGUUUCAAAGAACAAUAAUUUGAUGUCGAAUGGAGAGAUAACAGGUACUCAAUCCAAUGAAAAAUGCCAAGAACCUCAGGACCUCAUAAAAGAUGUGCUGAUUACUGAAGAAAACAUAUGCUCAUUGGACACACCGGUUCAUGUGCAUGAAGCGGACAACAUAGAAGGCAACGAUGACGGCCACAUAAUCAAAUAUAAUGGAGUAUAUCAGCACAACAUACGAUGUAACGGGCCAAAUCAAGGGGUUGUCGUACAGCAGUCCAACUGAUUGAAUGUUCUCUCAGUAAGGUGUUAAUGAUGUGAAUUUGUCAUGAUCGGUCCUCUCAGCUUGGUUGGGUUUCCAUGGUUAUCGGUGAUGAGAUUGGCCAUGAAUCAGUGGUUAGGAGAGAUUGUUGCCUAACUACGUCAUGCUGCUCUGCCUGUUUUGAUUAUGUGUAGGCAAAGCUUGAUGGUUCGGUCAGUGUGCCCGGUGAGGUGUUAUUUCAAGUUUGGGUCGUGUCUUCACUACUUCUAACCCAUCGAGGUUCGCCAUCAAUGAUGUAUCAUCUGUUAGAUGGUUGCCUGAAAUGUACCUCUAUUUUGAUUUUUAGCAGACUAAUGAUUUACUC